GUGUAAUUCAGAUGUGAGGUUGGGACGUUUUGCUCGUCUUUUGCCCCAUCUGGGCGUCCUUCGUGCAGCCGUGUUGGUCGAAGACGGCACACUGGAGUAUCCUCCUCGUUGCAACGAGAGAGGGUCCUUCAGUGAGCCACCGACGGCCAACAUGGCCACACGGAACAUGUUCCCCACACGACAGACAGAGAGAUGGGGGACUCUUGCCAGUGGAUGCGGCAACAGACAUUCUAGUGCUCAUCAAUCACUCCAUGUGUUGUGUGUCUCAUUCACUGACUCAUGGCAUGCCACGGUUUGUCAUUCACUAAAGGCAUGGCUGCACACACACACAAAUACACACAGCCACACACACACACAUUGCCAACCCGCACAUGCAAUGCAAUGCAAUGCAAUGCAAUGCAGCUAUCAGAAACACCACACCACAGGGGGCACAACAAACCCUAAACCGCCACAAAAGGGGAGGGAGGAAUUGGUGCGUCUGAAAUGAUAGACGGUCAAGUACAGAGUGUGUGUAAGAGUAGAGAGAGACACAGAUAAUCUAUAGAGGAGACAGACAGACAUUGGGGGGCCUGCCGCAUUGCAUUGCAUUUCGCAGAAAGAGAUAAAUAGCAUCACACCUGUGGUGUAUAUGCCUAGACAGUGUGCUCAGAUGGACAUCAUCACAUCCAUCCAUCCAUCCAAUUUGUGGUACGAGAAAAUGUCAUCGACACGAACAACAUCACUGCAGAAACCCCACACAGACAGCCACAUACCCACAAACAAGAGCCGAAAGGAAGAAAUCAGCUCCCUUUGGCCACAUCCCCUCUCCCUCUCCCUCUCCCUCCCCAACCCACUCAAUGCAAUGCAUCCCUAUACUCAGUAGCAGAACUUAGGCCCCGACACCGUCUCAGGCUUGGACCUCUUCUCAGCGCCCUCAAUACGCACCAGACACAGCCCCGACUUCUCGUAGAAGGUGAAAAACCCGCACUUGUCAUGCUUCUCGCAUCUCGCCCGACACGCCUCCACAAAGGCCAUGUCCACCAGGUCGUCGGUGUCGGUCUGCUUGGGGAUGUCCUCCAGGAUCUGUCCCGAAAUGCUGCGCCGGAGCUCUUGGAACUGGAUGGCGGAUGUGUUUGUGUUGUCAUCGUCAUCGUCAUCGUCGCUGCUGCUGCUGCUGCUGGUGGUGUAGGACAUGACGGAGGCCUCUAAUAGGUCGCCUGCGCUCUUUGGGGCGCCGACGUCGAACUCGAAACACCCACAUGGCAGAUGUGCAGCCGACAUGUCAACUAAAGGAACCAACACACAUGCACACACACACACACACAAGGCCUGUCUAUAUCUCUCUCUCUCUCUCUCUGUGUGUGUGUGUGUGGUCACCCACACGCACCUUUGAGUAUCUUGGAGGGGUGCAUGGCGUCGCCAUGUUUGUCGAUGGGCACCGCUCUCAGGUAGACAGUGUCCUCCGUGUCAAGCCCUGCCUCCGCCUUGGCCAGCAUUUCCUCCAGCUCCACAAUAUCCUCAAAAGCCUUCCUGUCAAGCUGAUAGACCACCACCCCCUCUUUCCUCCCCUCAUCGUCAUCGUCAUCGGGAUCACCGGCACUGACGUCCGCCAGGUCCUCUGCCGACUUUGCCGCGUGUAUCUGCCAGUGCUUGAUGCCCGUCACGCCGUUGUACGACACGUGCAGGGUCUUCUUGCCGCCGCCGGCGGCGUCGGUGCAAGCGAGGAGUCGGGGUGGCUGGACGGACUUGCCUCUCCACUUGUCAAGCUUGCCGCGGUAGGCCCGCAGGUGGUGCCCAUGCAUCUGCCGGACCAGCUUGCCCUGUGUGUCGACCUCCAUCAUGAUUGGGAGGGGCUCGGGGUCGCUCACCUUGCCGCCACCGGCUGCACACGUCAGAAAGAGGGUGUGUGAUUUGUGGUUUGUGGUUUGUGGUUUGUGGUUUGUUUGCGGUUUACCGAUGACGGUGUGUCCGUUGUCGAGGCGCUGUGGGCCGCCGCAGCAGUCGGCGAAGAGGGUCUUCUUGUGGUCGUACUCCCACACUUUGGUGGCCGUCAUGCUGGUCAAGUCCAGCUCGUACUCCACCGCUCGGGAGUAGUUGCGGCCGCCCGGCGCGUCAAGGUCCCAGUUAUCCCACCUGCACACAAACAACCGUCCAUUUUGUCUCUCUCGUGUCAUAUAUUCGCCUCACGCAAUAAUAUAUCGCUCACAUGAGGACAUUUCCAUUGCUGAGCUGGUGCGCCUUGUGCUGCAGCCGGAAUGGCACCUCAGCGUCGGUGUCGUUGAGGAACUUAAAGUCGCCGUCUUUGCCGCCGAGGCGCCAGAGGACCUGGCCGGUCUUGCGGCUGAGGAGCAGCAGCUGGUUGGCCGUCUUGAGGGAGACCAGGAUGUUGCCGUCGGGCGAGUACUCGCAGUUGUUGACCGAGUACUUGUUGAUACCGGUGUCCACGGCGGGGUCAGACACCUCGUGGCUGAAGGCAUCCCACGUUCGCCACUGACACACACACACACACACACACACACACAGGGGGGAGAGAGGGAGGGGUGUGUGUUGUGUGUGUUCUUGCAGGCCCCAUUGGCCACUUGCCUCGAAGAUGACGUUGUCGUGUUUGUCGAGCUCCUGGACGACCGCUCCGACUGUCUUGCCGUCGUUGAGGCCCCGGUCGUAGAUGCAGGUCAGGUAACGGCCGUCCUCAAACACUGUCAUGUGGUGAUCAUCCUAUAUACCCACCACAGACAGACAUGGCAGACAUGACAGAGAGCCCACACACACAAACACACACAUACAUCCAUGUCUUCCUUGGCGUCUGUCUGUCCUCACCUGGAAGUAGCCAUGCCCCGCCCUGCGCGUGGCGACUUCCCUGUAAUGGUCGUCGAGCUCCACCCCCUCCCUUGUGGGGUCCAUGUGGCCGGGCCACUGCUCAUGGCCCCUCAGGUAGUUGAGGUUGCCAUUGGGCUGCACCCGCAGGUCCACCCCCUCCUCACCGUCCUUAAGGCGGUGCCACCACACCAGGUCGCCCUGCCGCGUCAUGAUCUGGAUGUAAGGCUUGACGAACUGAGUGUUGCAGAACCAGUAGAGAGGCUCGCCGUCGGUGUCGGCCUCUUCGGCGUCGGCGGCCUUGGCCUCCUUGGAGAGGGUCACGUGCCAGCGGGGGAACUCUCCAGGCAAAGUGCGGUACUUUCUGUUGGGGGUGUCGCCUUGUUUCUCCUCAGAAUCGUUGUAUUGGGUGGAUGCCGCGCCCUUGAGCUGAUGAUGCUGAUGGUCUGCGUCUGUGCCUGUGUCUGUGUGUCGGGCAAGUUGUCUUCUGGCCUUGGGGGUGCCGCUUCCCUUGGUGUCCUUGUUGAUGGGGAUCAGCGCGCCGCUGGCCGUGACCUGGCCAAGCGGCGUGCUGCCUUUGUUGGUUAUGGUGAAGGACCACUUGAAGCCGUCUUGGUAGCCCUUCUCCUCAUAUCGCGCCAACACGUCGGCCGUGGUAUUUUCCACCAUGACGCGCAGGCCCGAUUUCACCUGCACCUUGACCUUCUCGCCAGGAAUGAAGUGCUUGUGAGGCCUGAAAAUGACGGUCUUGCCGUCGGCCGCCAGCCGCAACUCGCCUCGUUUGGUCACAUCGCCGCUCUUGCUGCCGGUGACCCUGAAGACGCCCUGGGAGCCGGCGGCAUCAGCAGCGGCCGAUGUGGCCAUGGCCUUGAAGCUCUUGACGUCGACAUUACUGCCUUCGCGUACGGCGAUGGUGGUCAAGGGCGAGACGACGAUGGCGUCCUUGCGGGGGUGAAUGUACUCGAAGGGGCCGUAGGGGUGAGUGGUCUUCUCGACGGCCCACACGCCAUGCUCUAUCUUGAAGUCGGCGGGGCCGAUCCUGGUGGUCUUCUCGGUGGUGGGCUUCUUGCCGCCGCCCUUGUCGUCGCCAGUGCUGCUGACAUCAUUGUUUUCCUUGUGCGGCGUGCUCUUGUCCGAGACUUUCCUGCCCUUGGUGGUGUUUGCCUCAGCUGGUGCCGAGGCGACGCCAGCCAAUAGGAGGCAGCCGAGCGAUGCAAGCAGCGGGACUCGCAU